AUGGACUGGCUGCAUCUUUACAUCGCCGUGGUCGCCUUCUCGGUCUUUGCCCUAGUCGGGCUGGUGCUACUGAUCUCGUUCGAGAAGAUCAAAAUCAACUAUGAUAGCGGUGUCUCCACCUAUCUGAAGUUCAUUUGGGCCAACUUUCUCAAGCCACAUGAACAUGGCGGCGAGGGCCAGCAGCAUGCGCUCGAAAGCUUCUACAAGACACAGGCGGCCGUCUACGAUGCAACUCGCCGACGCCUUCUCCGUGGUCGGGAAGAUAUGCUCGGACUUGUGGCUGCUCAGUUGAAGUACAAAGUGGACAGCAAGAAAAUCAAGAACGGAAAGGUGAUCUGGGUAGAUAUUGGUGGCGGCACGGGCUACAACAUCGAAGCCAUGGACGCUUUCCUUCCCGUAAACAAGUUUUUCGAGCAUGUCUAUCUGGUCGACUUGUCUCCAUCUCUCUGCGAAGUUGCCCGUCAGCGCUUUGAACGUCUUGGAUGGAAGAAUGUCACCGUUCUCUGCCAGGAUGCCCGAUCUUUCCGUCUGCCCGAAAGACCGGUCGAUCCUCGGUCUGCCACCAGCGCCGCAAGUGGCGCCGCGGAUUUGAUUACCAUGAGCUACAGCCUAUCUAUGAUUCCUGACUAUUACAGCGUGGUGGACUCGUUGACUUCGCGCCUCACAUCAUCCGGGAUUCUGGGUGUCUGUGACUUCUAUGUUCAAAGCAUUGUGGAUGUGUCCUCUCGCAACUACACUGGCGGCGCCUUCAACCGCCAUGUCAAUUGGCUGGGACGUAUGUUCUGGAGAGCCUGGUUCGACUUUGACCGCGUCAGCCUCGAGGCUGCUCGUCGAGACUAUCUCGAGUACCGGUUCGGAACAGUGAUUUCCGCAAGCGAGAGAAAUUAUCUACUCGGCGGCAUUCCAUACUACAUUUUCGUUGGCUGCCCCAAGGAAAUGAUCUCGACCUCGUCGGCCAUCGAGAAGCUGGAUGCUUCAUUCACUGAGUCUCCUUAUCUCUCCCCAGCAAACCACCAGCAGGAGAUGGACAAGGCUGUUGAGCAGAGCGCCGAAGAAAUUCACUCGAAAGCCUACGAGUCCGCCGUGAUCAACCUGAGCGCCAACCUGCCACUCCCAUCAUCAUUCUACCAGAACCAUCAUUGCCGCAUUUCGUACAAUGACAUGCUGCACAAGCACACGCAAUUUCAGAACGAGUAUAUCUACGCAUUCACAUGGGAAGACCCUCGAGUGGACCAUCGUCUACUGAACAUCGGCAGCGACGAUGUGAUCCUGGCCAUCACCAGCGCAGGAGACAACAUAUUGGAUUAUCUCCAGAAGAGCCCGCGACGAGUGCACGCAGUCGACCUAAAUCCCAACCAGAACCACCUGUUGGAGCUGAAAGUAGCGAGCUACAUCGCACUGGGCUACCGCGACAUGUGGAAGAUUUUCGGGGAGGGCAAGCACGCACAGUUCCGCGAGCUUCUCAUCUCCAAACUGAGCCCACAUCUGUCCAGCCAGGCAUUCCAGUACUGGCUGGAGCACACCCAAGUUUUCACUUCAAGCUCUGGUCGCGGUUUGUACGAGACGGGCGGAUCGCGCCACGCCAUUCGCAUGGUGCGGUAUCUAUUCAAUGUCUUUGGACUGCAAGGCGAGGUGCGCAAAUUGUGCGAGGCGCAGACAAUACAAGAACAGCGCGCCAUCUGGCCUCGUAUCCGCCGCAUUUUGCUCAGCAAGCCGCUGAAUUGGGCCAUUGUUAGCACGGAAUGGUUUGCCUGGAAGGCAGCAGGUGUGCCACGCAACCAGCGCAACAUGAUAGUAGACGACUUCUUCCAUCGCAAUGGUCUGACACCUGAGAUGAAGCCAGGUAAAGAUGUCAGUGGUCAGUCGAUCUGGGAAUAUGUCGUCAACACCCUCGACCCUGUUGUCAACGAUACCAUUAUCAGCAACGACAACUACUUCUACUUCUUGUGUUUACAGGGCCAGUUUUCUCGACGAUGCCACCCAACUUACCUAUCGCCCAAGGCACAUGUCAAACUGUCUACCCCGGGCGCAUUCGAUGGCCUCCGCAUUCACACAGACGAGAUCAACGAGGUCAUCAAGCGUAUCACACCUGGCACAUUGACAAUCGCAGUAAUCAUGGACUCAAUGGAUUGGUUCGACCCAUCCGGCGAAGCUGCCAUCGCUCAAGUCCGCAAGCUCAACCAUGCCCUCAAGAAGGGCGGUCGUAUUCUUCUUCGUUCCGCCAGCAUUGAACCCUGGUACAUCAAGCAUUUUGAGAAGAACGGAUUUGCGCCACGCCGUGUCGGAGCCCGGUUCCCGGGAACAUGCAUUGAUCGUGUCAAUAUGUACGCUUCUACCUGGAUCUGCACUAAGACCGAGGACCUCGUCCGUCCCAAGAAUGGUAGGACGAUCUCGGAGCUCUCGUUGGGUGAUAGUGCUGUGGCAGGGAAGAACGGCAGUGUUGAGGAUUUGCAGAUUUAA